CGUCGCGCCGUUCAAGUGGACGUCCCUGCUGCGUCAUUUGCGCGCCGCCUCGCUCCCGAUGCGCUCUUUUCCCGACAGCCUGAAGAUAGAUGUUCCGAUUUCAGUCCCUGGAUGAAGACUGUACGCUGGAGGAGGAAGACGAGGGGUUGGUUGAAGAGGAAGAUGAAAUCGAUCAGUUCAAUGACGACACCUUCGGAGCCGGGGCCAUCGAUGACGACUGGCAGGAGGAGCACAAGCGUCUGGCGGAGCUGGAUGAGCGGGAUGAGCUGGCGGCGGGGCUUGGCCUGGGAGGAGGAGGACUGGGAGGAGAACCGGACUUAGGAGGAACCCAACACUCCUCCUCCUCCUCCUCCAGCCAUCUGCCUCCAUCAGCCGGCUGCCUCCCCCUUCCAUCCUCCCUUCCUCCCCUCGGCUUCUCCUCGUCUUCCUCCAAACUGCCUCCACCAGACGUGGAGGACCGACCCGGAGAUGGAGACCUGGCCGAGUCCCUGGCCAGACUCAUCCUGGAGGCCGACCCGGCCAUCGCAGGGGUCGGGGCGGCCGAGCGUCCCGGUCCUCCCCCCGGCUCCUCUGGGUCCACCCUGCCGGGUCUCCACGGUCUGGACCAGCCCCGGGUCCUGCAGCAGACCCCCUCCAUCCCUCACCAGCAUCCCCAUCACCCCAAGCUGCCCCCUGGACCCUCGGCUUCAGGUCCUCCUCCCUCCUCCAUGCUCAGCUACCAGCAGCAGCAGCACCUGAUGCGUCGAGGCACCGCUCCAAUGGGCCAGGUGAACUCUCACAGCAUCUGGGAGAACAGUAUGGGCUUCGGUCCAGUCAGCGUCACCCCUGGACUGGUCACACACAUGGAGGACAGUCCUCUGAUGUCUAUAAUCAAAGAGGUUGGACUUCCCAAACGUCCUCCUCAGGGGAGGAACGAUGAAGGUCGUGAUCUGUCUGAGAGGGUUCCUCCUCCUCGCGCCUCCUCCCCUGUGAUUGGCUCUCCUCCGGUGAGGGCGGUGCCUAUCGGGACGCCGCCCAAACAGCCGAUGAGCCACGCUCUGAACCACCAGAUCCACCACCCCACAGCGGUUCAUGUGAGAGCUCCAGUCCAGCACAGAUAUCCUACUCCUUUCCCCGAGCGUCUGUCACCCAACACCCUCCUCAAUAUAGCUAACUCUCCGCUGUGUCGCGGUCCAUUCCCUCCCAGAGUCGGUCCAGUUCUGUCUCAGAUCCAGCGGGCCCAGCUGCUCAACUCUCAGGUGGCAGGUUUUCCUCGCGGUGGUCCCGGUCCUCCUCUGUUGCCGGGUGGUGGAGGUUUCCGGCCGUUCUUCGGCGGUCCUCCUCACGGCCACCGGAUGGGCCCUCCGCCGCCUCACGGACCCCCCAACCACACGCCGCCCAUCCGGCACAACACCACCCACCUCCACCCACAGCACCGCCGCAUGCUGACGCAGCGCAUGCAGAGCCGAGGAGGGGACCGGGGUCGGACCGGAGGGGACCGGCGCAGCAGAGACCCCUACAGUAACCUGAUGACCCAGAAGGAGAAGGAGUGGGUGACCAAGAUCCAGAUGAUGCAGCUGCAGAGCACCGACCCCUACCUGGACGACUACUACUACCAGAACUACUAUGAAAAGAUGGAGAAGCGUCAGGAGCGAGAGCGAGACAGCAGCAAGAAGGAGCACACCACCAAGCUGAUCACUCCACAGGUGGCCAAGGUGGAGCACACGUACAGGCCAGUUCAGUUUGCAGGUUCUCUGGGUAAACUGACCGUCUCCAGCGUCAACAACCCCCGCAAGAUGAUCGACGCCGUGGUGACGACGCGGACCGACGACGAGGAGAAGAGGGAGAAGCAGGUUUGGAAUAAGAGGCGACAGAUCCUCUACACCGUGGAGAAGAUGUACAGUUUGCUGCUGGAGGUCCAGGACUUCGAGAAACGAUUCGUCCAGACGCCCGAAGAGGACCGAGACGCUCUGGUGGAGCAGCACAAGACCAAUACUGAGCAGCUCUGCAGCUCCCUGAGGGAGAAGGAGUGGGACGACAGAGUGAGUGAUGAACAGUGUGUGAUGAUCAUGUCUGUGAGAAAAGGGAAGCGGCUCAUCUCCAGGCUCCUCCCCUUCCUGCCGUCACCCCAGGCCGCCGCCGUUGUCAUGGCGAUAGCCCGCAACCUCCCCGCCUUAGCCAAGAAGGACAAGCAGGACCAGGUGCUGUGCUGGUUGGUGGAGCCCGUUUCUACGGUGAUCCAGUCUCUGUCCAGUUCCAGCCUCACAGAUUUACUUCAGGAGCUUCAGGGCAACGAAGGACAGCUGGCCACAGUACUACACAACAAGUUCGGUGUGACGCUGCUCUACCUGAUCCUGAGUGAAGGAGAACGAAUGCAGAGCUCCGACCCAAACUGUCAGCUGAUGGACGACAAUCGAUGGACUGAGUUGGUGUUUUCGGUGACCAGAGAGCUGCUCAGCGUCCCGUCCUCCUCUCUGUCUCCUCCUCUCUUCACUCCUCCAAACCUGCUCUCUCUGUUCUCUCGAUAUGUUGACCGGCAGCGGCUGGAGCUGUUACAGGACAAGCUACAGAUGUCGACUCUGUCCAGGUAGAAGUUCCUCCAGACAUCAUCAGACUUUUCUCUCUGAGGAUCAUUUUAACCAGAACCUGUCGUCACGUCUGUUUUUCUUCGUCUAGUCUCUGGUCGGUGUGUGAGUCUGAGUGUGUCUGUGUGUGCGAGCGACGGUGAGACGGUUCGAAUGACGAUAAAAAAAUGAAAUCUGCAUUUUUAAAUAUCUUGUUUACGAUUAUGCCUGUGAUGAACCUUCAAAUUAAAAGUAUUUCUAUUAUAUAAAAA